UCCUCGGCCCGUCCCCGCCCCGCCGCCAUGUUGCGGAGGCGGCCGGAGCUGCGGCGGGAGCGGCCGGUUGGGUCGGAGGAGUAUGAACGGCUCGGAGCGGCGGCCCGCGGGGAAGCACCCUGAGCAGUGGGUGCUCAUUGCACCAGAGGCUGCUACUGAACCCCCUAAGACACCUGACAGCGAACCUGUGUUUACAAAACUACGCAAUCCAAGCACAGGGGAAGCAACUCUUUACUUAUUCAACAGUGGUGCACAGCAGCUGUUUGAAGUAAAAGCUUUUCAUGAGGAAUAUCAUUCCUGGUUUAUAGGUGAGACUGUUCAACAAGAUGGGCGCCUGCUCUUUAUUACACCGAUGGACCCCUUAUUUCUGAUACUUUAUUACCUCAUGAAGGCAGACAAAGAGCAACAAGGAAAGUUCCAGCCACUGGAUCAAGUUGUGCUAGACUCGGAGUACCCAUACUGCCCAUUGCUGCUGAAGUGUGAAGGAGUUAAACAAUCCAUAUGUCACAUAGCAGAAGAAAAAGAGAUUGGCAGUCAGAAAUUUCACAAGUACAGCCAAGAGAAGACAUUGAAGUGGUUAAAAAAAAAGGUCAAUCAAACAGUGAAAGCACUUAAAAGCAAUGGUAUAUGUGUAGGGGAAAGGAUAUAUUCAUCUACAUUUGUCAGCAGUAAACAAAUCACCGAUUCUGAAGAAGACUAUGUGAGGUAUGCCCAUGGGUUAAUAUCGGAAUAUAUUACUGAAGAGCUGAGUAAGGAGCUGUCAAAGUACCUAGGUCUCCCAGAACUUACAGUCCCAGCACAAGAGCCACCAUUGAAGAUGCCUGCACAAAAACAUUCAAAGAAGAAAUUAAAGAAGCAUGAGGAGACUUGCUAAUAUUAUUUUAAAUUGCCAUAAUCUCAAAGCAGCUUUUAAAGGCUUUUUUAACACACUUUCUGAAAAUAAAUGCUUAAAGUUAGACAUGCCCUGUUCCAAGAAAAAGCAAAUCUCAGCAGAUUAACAUUGUUAAAUAUGCGGUGUGUUAAACAUACAGUGCUUCAGAUUUUAUAGCUUAUCCACUAUUGGUCUAUCAGGCCCUUCCAGGAAAGCACUUACAAGCAUGCCUAAUGUUAAGCACAUGAGCAGUGAUCUUAAAGUCAGCAGUGUUGUUCGUGUGGAUAAGUGCUUUGCUGGACCAGCGCCUAAAGUCCUGUUAGGUGCUGAGCAUCCUGAUCCAUAUCCAGCAAAGCACUUAUGUCUAUGCUUAUCUUGAAGUGGAAGAGCUGGUCUAACUAAUAUUUGUGCAUUAGUGUUUGCCAUGAAACCUCUCUUGGCACAGUGACUCACGUGCUUAAAAUUAAGCACCUGCCUAUGUGUUCUGCAAGAUCAGACCAACAGCAUCCUUGAGCAAGUACUAUGUAAUUAUAUGAUUUUGUAUGAAUUUUCUAUUUUCUGGUUGUUUUUAACCGAGCAAAUGAUUUUAGUGGCGGUAAUUUCAAGAAUUAGAGGCUUGUGUAGCAAAAUGCUUUAUGCAAUUUUCACAUUUAUAUUUCAAAUUCCAGCCAAGUUCAGCAAAAUUCUCUUAUGGACUAGAAGUCCAAUUGUUCAGACUUAAAAACAUCAAAGAAUGGAAAAUGUUAACUUUUUAUAUUUUAAGGACAUUUCAGUUUUUUUCUUCUUAAGACUUAUUACGCUGAACUUAAUAUGAAUGAUUUUGUCCAACCCUAUUCUGGUAUCCAGAAGAGGUUACCUGGCUCAGUAUGUGUGAGCAGGCUGAUUCUUGAAGUGCUAAGGCUAGAGCAAGGGUUUGUGUUGAAAGGGGCUAAUGGAGAAGUUGUAGUUCUGUUUUUUUCUUCCUGGGGGAAUGAAACCUAACCAUGAUUAAAUCAACAUGUACGUUUUCUAGUGUUGAGAACAAAGCCAAAGCCUAUAUAGUCCUUUAGGUAAGAACAAAAGAAAUAAGGGAGACCUCAUUAUAUUAUUGUUCUGAAUGUAUAAAAGAUGUUUUCUAUGGAAUGUCAACCAGAGUUCAUGUAAAAUAUGGAGGAAAUGGAUGCUAAUGAGAUCCUUAAUGAUAUGCCAAGACGAAGACUGACAUUUUUAACUUAGAUAACUUUAUCAAAUUGCCUUUGCUAUCUAAUUUUUUGUUAUAGAACUUUUAAAGUAAUGAGGGACAGGAUUUUAAGCAUCAUGAAUGUUUAUUUCUAUGCAUUUUAACUAUGAACCCGAUUCACUGUAAUACCUACAGCACAUGACCAAAAUGUUCUGUAAAUCUUGAAUGUGUUUGAGGCAUUCUGGAUCAGAAAUCAAGAGAUGCUUUGCUUCCACAAGAUUCGUCCGACUUCAAGUCAAACAAGAACAUCCAGAAGAGUUCACUAGUACAUUCCUGAAAUCUGAAAGAUGAAGAGGUGUCGGUGUAUUCAGUUUUCCUUUGCGUUCAUAGUUAUUUUUUUUGUUUCAAAAUAGGAAAGAACUGAACUGUGAACCUUUUACAAAUCAGGUAUGAAAGGGAAUUUGAGAAAUUUGCACUGAAUUCUUUGUUACCUUCACACUUGUCAAUGUUCACUGUCCCUUUUCAAGGAAAAGGAAUAUAUGUGUUUUAGUUUUCUGGGUGAUAACGCAUGAAUAUUAUGUGGGUCCAAGGUGAAGUUUCUAUUUUUCUAACUUGUAUUCAAAAAGUACUUGAUGUAAAAAUAAGGCUAUAUAUUUCAGAAAACUGUUGUUCCAUUUUUUUUUAUUUCAGAUUUUACUUCUAACUCGUGCAAAAAAUAAAUAAAUAAAUAGAUAAAUUUGGAAUAA